AUGCGCCUCACCCACCGUCUGCUCAUGGCCACGCCGGCCUCAAUUGGCUCCAAAUCCAGCCUCAGUGAAGCUCUCGCUCUCCUCCCCCCGCUACAGCUCUACCGCCGCAUCCUUCGCGUCCAUCGCAAGCUCGACCCGGAGAUGCGCGUCUUGGGCGAUUCGUACGUGAAGAAGGAGUUUCGGGCGCAUCGGACGGCGGAGAACCCAUUGCAUAUUAUCGGAUUCUUGACAGAGUGGCAACUAUAUGCGCAGAAGCUGGAGGGUGAAAACUGGGCUGGAGAGAAACUUGAUAAGUCUAAACUGGACAAGCUGAGUGACCAACAAAUCGGGCAGCUCUUUGAGCUGAUGCAGGCCAUUCGAAAUGACGGAGGCGAGGGUGAGGGUGAGGGUGAGAAGCAAUAA